AGUAUACUGAUAGUUAUGUGUAUACAAUUAACAGUAUAUACAUUUGAAAAUAACAUGUUGUAUAAAUCAUAAUAAUAAAAAUUGUAAACAUUUAUACAGUAAAAGUAAGAAGUAAUCAGAUUUGAUGGCUAAUACUAAUCAGGGGUUCAUCGCUGUUCAUGUUGGAGCAGGGCGACAUUCAGAAACCCUAAAAGAACAAUAUCAGAAAUUAUGCCGUCAAGCAUGUAAAGCAGGUAUUCAUAAUCUAAAAAAUGGUGGUAGUUCAUUGGAUGCUGCAGUGGAAACAGUAAUUAUAUUAGAAAAUUCUCCUUUAACUAAUGCUGGAUUUGGUUCCAAUCUAACAUUGGAAGGAACAGUGGAAUGUGAUGCCAGUGUUAUGGAUGGUACUACAUUGCAAUUUGGAGCAGUUGGUGCAGUUAGUGGAAUAAAAAAUCCUAUUUUAUUGGCAAAACGACUCUGUGAACAUCAAGCAGUUAAAAUUGCAUAUGGUAGAAUUCCACCAAGUUUCUUAGUUGGAAGUGGAGCACAUAUUUGGGCACAGGAAAUGGGAAUACAAACUGUACCUCCAGAACAAUUAAUAUCUACGAAAGCACAGAAAAUGUAUAAACAUUACAAAAGAAAAAUAGAGAAUUCUGACACAGAAACUUAUAAGUACACUAAAAGAAGAAUGGAUACGGUUGGUGCUGUAUGUGUUGAUAAAGAAGGAAAUAUUGCUGCAGCUUGUUCUAGCGGUGGCAUAAUUUUAAAAUAUCCUGGGAGAGUAGGCCAGGCUGGGAUGUGGGGAGGUGGUAUAUGGGCAUGUAAAGAUAAAUAUGCCGUAGGAACAAGUACAUCAGGUUGUGGAGAACACCUUGUUCGCACUUCACUUGCACGGACAGCUGCUGAAGCUAUAUCCGAUAGUUCAUGUCCAACUCUUGGCUUACAUCGUGCUAUGAACGUUGAUUUUAUCGAUUCAAAGUUUUUACGCGGACUUGAUCAAAAACUUGGCGGUGUUAUUGCUAUCCGAUAUGCAGCUGAAGAAGGAUUAGGAGAUUUUCUCUGGAGUUAUUCAACUAAUUCUAUGAUAAUAGGUUACAUGAAUUCAUGUGAACAGGCAGCAACGAGUCACAUGGCUGUUCUGUCAGCUGAUGAAGUUGGUAAAAAAGCAAUUGUUGAAGGAAUUUGUUUCAAAAUCAGAUAACAUUAUUACGAAUCGUGAUUACAUGAUACAAAAUGUUAUGUUGUUAUUUUCAUGAAUUAGAAUUGUUCCAACACUCCUUACACAGGCAUUGCAUUAUCUUCUAAUGCAUCAUCUACUAAGGUAUUACUGAAUUACUGAGCAUUUUUAAUAAUGAUAUUAUCAUGUAACAUAAAAAAGGAAGCAUUGUAUGAAUCAACAAAUUAUAUUUAAUAAAUUUAAAUACAUGAAUA